AUGUCGAGCGCUUCACUCUCUGGCUUGCUUCCCCCAGAUUCAGUUGAGUGUGCAACGGCCCGCUCUGUGGGCCUCGAGCUCAAUGGGCUUGAAGAGCGCUUUGCCAGCUCGAGUGGCCUAAGGUCGCUGGCUGCAGCCGCCGAAAUUCGAGAUGCCUCUGUGGGACUGUCGAAAUUCAGCGCCAGUGAGUCGACACAUCGCAAACCGUUGGCAGCGGCGGCGAGGAUACCACAGGGCGCACGCCACCUUGCUCCUCUCCUCACCAUCAAGACCACCGCCCUCCUCAGCAAAACACACCCCGAAGACGUCCACUCCUACCAGAAGCUGCACGACAUUCUGGACCGGCCUCGCAUCAGGCUCUCAUUCAGCGAGUCGCAUACUUCUAAGCCGAUAUCACCUCGGCCUCUCGCUUUUAGACUGAAACGUUCGGUACCGUACAAGACGAUCGUCGACAUUGCAGUGCAUUUCUUCAAGAUGGCUAAGCCCCGUGGACUUAACACAGCCCGUAAGCAGGUCUCGCCCCGCCGAGACAACCGCUGGGCCGACGCUGCCUACAAGAAGCGCGCCCUCGGCAACUUCUACAAGACCUCCCCCACCGGUGGCUCGUCCCAGGCCAAGGGCAUCGUCCUCGAGAAGAUCGGCGUCGAGGCCAAGCAGCCCAACUCGGCUAUCCGAAAGUGCGUCCGUGUCCAGCUCAUCAAGAACGGCAAGAAGGUCGCCGCCUUCGUCCCCAACGACGGCUGCCUCAACUUCGUCGACGAGAACGACGAGGUCCUCAUCUCCGGCUUCGGUCGCGCCGGUAAGGCCAAGGGUGAUAUCCCCGGUGUUCGUUUCAAGGUCGUUAAGGUCUCGGGAGUCGGCCUUCUGGCCCUUUUCAAGUCUAAGAAGGAAAAGCCCCGCUCUUAG